AUGGAGGCGGCCAAGGUGCCUCCAAACAAUGUGACCUGUUCCAUCCUGCUGAAAGGCGUUCACAAAGAGAUGAAGGAGGACUACUUGAAGAAAGUCAUGGCAGUCAUUGACAACCGAGCGGUCAAGGAGAUGGAUGAGGUGCUCUUGGGCUCCCUCUACGAGGCUUGCAUUCGAUGUGGCCAGGUGAAGAAGCUGCUGAACUACGUGCAGAAGCUCCGCGAGGAGAGUGGAUUGGUCACCAUUCGCAGCGCUCACACCGUAGGAUCCAUCAUCCGUGCCCAUGGAGUCAAUGAGGACCUGGACGGUGUUUGGACCACUUGGAACAACAUGAAAUCACAGGGAGUGGUGCCCAGCCGGAUUACUCUUGGAUGCAUGGUCGAAGCAUUGGCUUCCAACAACGAUGCUGAUGGUGCGUAUGAGGUGAUUCAAGAGGCGCUGGCCGAUCCGCAGACCGCGAACUUGGUGAAUGCUGUAACCUAUUCCUCAGUGCUGAAGAGCUUCAACCACCAGAAACGCUUCCACCGAGUCUGGGACGUUUAUGACGAGAUGAUCCGCCAGAAGGUGGAGUUCUCCGUGACGACCUACAAUGCUUUGCUGGACGUGUGCGCUCGCAGCGGAGAGAUCGCCCGUGCCGAGCCCCUUCUGAAGGACAUGGCCCAGCAAGGUAUCUCACCCAACAUCAUCACUUACGGGACCGUGAUCAAGGCCUAUUGCUCCGCGAAUCGCUUGGACCAGGCCUUCGCCGUUCUCUCCGAGAUGCAGGCGAAUACCGAUCUUCACCCCGAUGAAGUGACGUACAACACACUCCUGGACGGCUGCGCACGGUAUGGCCUCUUUGAUCGUGGGCUGGAAGUGCUAGCAGAGACUUGGAGAGAUCGUAGUGCUCGCACGAGAGCUGGCGUUGCACCGAGCAAUUACACCUUGUCGGUGAUCGCCAAGUUGGCCAAUCGAAGCAAGAAGCCCAAGAUGGCCUUUGAAAUGGUGGAGGAUUUGCGCAAUGAGUUUGGAAUCAAGCUCAACAUGCACGUCUACAACAAUCUCAUCCAUGCUGCGACCUGUGACAAUGACAUGGCCAAAGCACAGGAGACCUUUGCGACGAUGCUGGGCCACAGGGUGCGGCCCGACGGGAGAUCCUACACUUUGCUCCUGCGAUUCUGCGUCACCCGCAAGUCGCACGUGCCAGCGGUGGCCCUGUUGCGUACAGCCAUCGGUUUGCAGACCGACUCGCUGCAGACCGAGUCCUUGCACCCAGCGCUGUGCAAGGUUCUUAUGACGUCGAUCUCCUGGGCCAGCGCACCCUUGCGUGGCAACAGCGCCUUGCAAGAGGAGGUGAUCCACGACGUCUUGGACUUCCUGUCGCGAAACCAAAGCGCCUUGAGAUCUGAUUUCUGCAGUUUGCCACAGCUCACGGCAGAGGUGCAGAAGGCUGAGACCAUGGCUCAACCUCCACCUCCCAGGCCCUCAGGUUACUUCGAAAAGAAGGGCGAGGUCCACGAGCUACGGCAACUUCUCAGAGGUGCCUCCGCAGAACGAGAUCAGCAGAAAAAGAGAGAUGCCAUCAAGAAGGUCAUUGCCUACAUGACUUUGGGCAUCGAUGUGUCACCUCUCUUCAGCGAGAUGGUCAUGGCAAGUGCCACGACAGAUCUGGUGCAAAAGAAGAUGGUGUAUUUGUAUUUGGUGAACUACGCAGAGAGCAACUCGGACUUGGCGAUCCUCGCCAUCAACACGCUCCAGAAGGACUGUCGGGACGACGAUCCCAUGAUCCGAGGCUUGGCACUGCGCUCCCUGUGCUCCUUGAGCUUAGCCAACAUGGUUGAGUAUCUCCAGCCCGCGGUGCAGCGUGCCUUAGAGGAUGUCAAUGGCUAUGUUCGGAAAACCGCGGUCAUAGGGGUGGUGAAGAUUUUCUAUAUCAACCCAUCAGUAGUGACCGAGACAGAGCUGUUGCCGUCUCUGAAGCGGCUGGUGAAUGAUAACGAUGCGCACGUGGUGUCCAACACCAUCUCUGCACUGGAGGAGGUCCUUGCCAGUGAGGGCGGAUACAUGCCAAGCGAGGAAGUGAUCACCGCCCUGCUCAAUCGCAUCAUGCAUUUCUCCGAGUGGGGUCAGUGUGCCAUUUUGCGGCUGCUGACCAAGUAUAGUGUUGCCAACGAAGGAGAGAUGUUCGAUAUCAUGAACAUCUUAGACGACUUGCUGAAGCAGUCGAGUAGCGCGGUGGUUUUGUCAGUGACCAAGAUCUUCGUGGACCUCACGAGCAACCGGCCGGACAUCCAGCAGGACGUGCUUCAGAGACUGAAGGGCCCAUUGCUGACCCUGAUGGCUGCUGCCAGCACGGAGCUUGCAUAUACUGUCUUGGUCCACAUCCAUGCCCUCCUGGGUCGAGGGCCCCGCACAGUGGAAGCCCAGCACUUGGUCCGCAAGUGCAACUCUUCCUGCGCUCCGCGCUCGCGCUCCGCGCUCGCGUCCUCCGGUGUCGCCAUGGCAUCCAUCACCCGAGAGGAAGUUCAGAAGCACAACAAGGCGGAUGAUGCCUGGAUCAUCGUUGACGGAGACGUGUAUGACGUGACGAAGUUUGCAGGGGUCCACCCCGGCGGCACGCAGAUCCUCUUGGAGUACGCUGGAAAGGAUGCCACUGAGGACUUCUAUGCCUUGCACAGGCUGGAAGUGCUGGACAAGUACCAGCGCUUGAAGAAGGGUCGUCUCGCAGAUGCCAAGGGCCCACCACCCAAGAAGGCCGCCGAGGUGAUGCAGGAGUUCAGCAAAGUGCCCUUCGCGGAGCCGACGUAUUUGCAGGGCUUCAAGUCACCUUACUUCAACGAGACCCACAUCAAGCUGAGACAGGAGGCUCGCAAGUUCUUCUGCGGUGAAACUCUGGAAGAAGCCUUGGAGUGCGAAGCCAAAUCCACUGCACCAAGCAAGGACAUGCGGAAGCGCAUGGGUGAGCUGGGACUGAUUGCCAUGGUGCAGGGACCUGGAGCUCACUUGAAAAUCCCGCCCAAGGGCCUUUGUGGCGGUGUGGUGAAGCCCGAAGAUUUCACCUACUUCCACGAGAUGGUGGUGCAAGAGGAGCGUUGCCGUACCAUGUGCCCUGGCUAUGAAGAUGGCUUGGACGGCGCCGUGUCCAUUGGUUUGCCGGUGCUCCUGAAGUAUGGCUCUGAAUGGAUGAAGAACGAGGUGGUGCCUCCCAUCAUCAUGGGCGAGCAGACGGUGGUGCUCAGCAUCACCGAGGCCUUCGCUGGGAGCGACGUGGCCGGGCUCCGCACCACCGCGGUGCUGGACGCCAGCGGCGAGCGCCUCGGCGUCGGGAGAGGACGAACGAACGAAGCGGCGGAGCGCGGAGAAGGCCGAAGAACCAACCAGAGAAGAAGCGGAAGAAGAAACAGAUGGAACAGAUGGACAGCCCGUCGAUUUGGGCCCCAUGGGUGGAAGGAGAGGGAGCCGGUUGAACCCUUUUGA